AUGUCCGAAGUCGGUCGUCAAAUAAUUCUUGAAUGUCUUCAAGAGACUUGGUCCUUCAAAGGGGGUGAAAAAGCACCACCACACAUCGAUCCGGAUACGGACCUAUUGCAGCACCUUACCAAUGGCGGACUGGACAGCCGGGGCAUGUUACUCCUCAAGGCGGCUCUGGAGGCCAAACUCGAGCUCCAGGCGCCGUUGCCCGUCACAGCGCUGAUGAGUGCCCGGACAAUCCACGAACUGGAAAAGGAAAUAUUCCGAGCGUCCGUUGCUAGCAGCAAAAGUCUUAUUUUACCAUUCAGUGCCCACGGGAGCAAAACGGCCCUGUUUCUCUUCCCUCCCGGAGGGGGCGAAUUGCACUGCUGGAUUGAGCUGGUACGCUUCCUGCCCGACCGGCCCAUCUACGGACUGCGGCUUCGCGGCUUGCAGGAGGGCGAAGCCAACUUCGAGACCAUGCAAGACACUGUCGAAACCUUCAUCCGUGAGAUGAAGCAGGUGGUGCCCCGCGGGCCUUAUGCGCUGCUUGGAAUGUGUUUUGGGGGCAACGUCGCGUUCGAGGUGGCCAAGGCCCUCGAGGCCGGUGGCGACGAGGUGGUGUUUAUCGGGGGCGUCGACAAUGCUCCGCACCUGGGGGCGGGCCAUAUGAGCUUUGACUCGAUGCGCUUCUUCAUCGUGGACCUGCUCUCAACGCGAGGGCUCCUUACCGCGGAGGAGGCAAACAAAACGAAGGAAAACCUUAAAGACGCGAAUUUAUCAGAGUUCCCUCAAUUGAUCAUGCGCCGGUUCCGCACUCGUCUAGAGGCGGCCGGAAUCACCCGUCAGAGGUUGGAGGCCUGGCAUCAGGUGUUUGUCGGCACCGGCCGCAUCGCGCAAGACUACGUCCCAGAGGGCACCGUCUCAAAGUACACGUCCUUUUGGGCUACCCCACUGCCUGAAUGGGGCAUUUCCAAGGAUGAAUGGGAGAAGAGAGUUAUGGGAUGGAGUGCUUUGGCGCGGAUUUCCUCAUUCCAUUUCAUCCCGGGAGACCACUAUACGGCGUUGACAAGGAAACACAUAGAUGUUUUCCAAUCGACUUUCAACGAGGAGCUGAAGCUUUGUGAGAAUUAG